UUGUUCCGACACGAUCGGCGUUCAACCUGAAGCCUGUGGACGUCGACAUCCACACGAAACUACGGCAACCCCACGAGGACAAACUGUGUCUGCGUCAUUUGCAUUGCCUGCCACUCCAAACUACAGCGACCCCAUUAGGACAAACCUUCUCUGCAUCAUUUGUGUUGCCCGCAUGACAGAAAUCACAUGCACAGUAUGUCGUUAUGAGGGUUCUGCGAGCCAUAUGCAACCACCAAAAGAGCCAGGUCCAUACAACUGAUUUCCCUGGAAACUACCCUGGCUAUGAUGACACUUGGGAUAUGCAGACCUUCCAAAAGAGCUUCAGAAUUGAUAUUGGACAGCUGACUGAGAACUUGAUGGAGUUUGAUAUGUUGAGAAUCGAUGCAGCUAUUGCCAAUGCCUUCAGAAGGAUCCUACUCGCAGAGGUCCCUACGAUGGCUAUUGAAAAGGUUUUUAUUUACAACAACACAUCUAUCAUCCAAGAUGAAGUGCUGGCACAGAGAUUAGGGCUCAUCCCAAUCAAAGCUGACCCCUUUCUCUUUGAAUAUAGAAGUACUGAUAAGGCGUUUCCAGAGGAGGAAGUUUCAGAAAUAAACACAAUUCAACUAUGCCUGAAGAUUAAAUGUAACAAGAACCCUCAAGCAAGCAAAGAUUCAUCUGAUCCACAGGAGCUCUAUUUAAACAACAAAGUCUUUUCCAGAGAUAUAAAGUGGAUCCCGAUUGGUAACCAGGCAGAUGUGUUUGUGGACUCCAGUAUUGGACCAGUACAUGAUGACAUCCUGAUAGCGCUGCUCCGUCCAGGACAGGAACUUGAUAUUAUCAUGCAUUGUGUUAAAGGAAUUGGCAAGGAUCAUGCUAAAUUCUCACCUGUGGCCACGGCAAGUUACCGUCUCCUGCCGGAGAUUACCCUUCUUGAUACAGUGAAGGGUGAGAAGGCAGAACGCCUAAAGCGCUGCUUUUCACAAGGAGUGAUAGAAUUGGAAGAUGUUAAUGGAAGCAAGGUUGCGAAAGUAGUAAACAGUCGACUGGAUUCAUGCAGCAGAGAAAUACUCCGUCAUGAUGACUUAAAGGAUGUGGUGAAACUUGGACGAGUGCGAGACCAUUUCAUCUUUUUUGUGGAAUCUACAGGAGUGCUGCCCCCGAAUGUCCUGGUCACAGAAGCCAUAAAAGUCCUCAUGGCGAAGUGUCAGAGAUUCCUGAAUGAACUGGACUCUACUGACAUAGAGUGAAAUAAUGAAAUCUGUUACAAUGGAAUUGUUCUUUCAAACCUUGCUUUUGGAAAUCUGUGCUUGUUUUUUUUUUUUUUACUGUCACAUUUUGUUUUCGUUUGACUUGCUGCUCUGUAUUUUAAGAUGGGCUAUGUUUAAUAGAAAUUAUAAUUCAAUUCUCAAGUUUUCACUGUAGUUUAAGUAAAUCCAAAUUUACUGUGCACAAAAACAAACUGUCACGUGUUCUAUGUUCCAAUAGCCUUUUUUAGUGGUAUAGUUUCCAGUCAUAUUUUUCUCCCAUCACUUAAUUGCCUUCUCAAAUAAAUGCAUGAACUCACAA